UCACGCAACUCCACUGAAAACGUUACAUAGCAAACAAUCGAUUAUUCUAUAACUUUUCAAUGGAGAGAUCUGACAAUACAGCAGCAACAGAACCAAAACUGUCCAUAAAAGUAAAUGGGAUCAACGGAAAUCACCUGCAGCCCAUCCCAGGUUCCUGUGCCAGUGUCUCAGAUUCAUUGCUUUCUGAGGCUGAACCCUCCACCUCCAACCUCCUGAAGAUAACUGUGGCGUCAGCCUACUCUGUCCCUGAGGCAUGGACACUGCCAUCAGGCCCUGCUCCCAGUCCCUUCACUUACACUGCUGCCCUGGAGGUCCCUCUUACCACAGAACAAGAUCAGAUAUUGAUGUUCUGUGAAGGACAGCUGAAGGCAAGCAGACAAACGGGGCCCAAGUGCCAACAGUGGAAGAGGCUCCAUCAAACUGUAUCUGUACCAAGUGUCCACUCCUUGCCAGAAGCCUUGUUACAGUCAGUGUUGAUAGAAAAAGAGGAUGGAGAACUGACUAGCUCAGAGGACCGGGCAUUUCGUAUUGAGGCAGAGAUGACAAAGGACAAGGUGAGCUGGGACACAGAGAUUAGCAUCUCCCUGGAUGCAGGAGGAACUUCCAGGCUACAACAGAGGAUCAAUGAGAGCCGACUGUGGCCAGUGGAGAUUAUGAGGUCGAUGACUCCGUUGGCAAAGCUAGGUGAUGAGAACAUAGAGCUCCCCUUCCAUGGUGUGGCUUUUGUGGACAUGGGACGGUUGUUGUAUCCCAGUGUCAGCAGGAUCAGGGGAGCAUACACUGUUCAGCCCUUCAACGAAGCUGUGUUGCAGAGCAAGGCCAAGCGGAGUGUCAGUGUAAUAAGAAAACAGGCAAAGAUAGAAGCCAACCAGGCCAAAGCACUGGCCACCUCUCCCGUUGGAACUCACAAAAAAGGAGGGAAGAACUAUGAUGGAAGCAACAAAGGAGCCAAGGACAAAGCGCAGGCCAAAGAGAGCAGAAUGACUGUAACUGAUGGCACAAAAAACCUGGUGGAAACUGACCCCAAAGGCAAUGCUGAGGGAAAUGUGUACACGGAGGCCAGAACUUAUAUUGUCAUUGAGAUAGCCUUGGAGAAACCGCUUGUACCUAAAAUAUCACCAGAGGAGCUGAACAGAAGGGUAAAGGCAAUGAUCCCCCAGAGACCUCUCCCUCCAGCAGGUCCUAGCAGAGCUGAUAGAGCAGUGCUGGGCUUCCACAGGCAGGUAGAGAACACAGUAGAAAUUAUUUCAGAGCAGUAUCAGGAAUUGUUUGGAGCACGUUGCACGCUGCCACAAGGACAUAACCAAGAACAAAUGUUGACAGAACUAAUGGGAUCCCUGAAUGUCUCUGGGAGAUAUUUUGCCUUCAAGGAGCAGAUAAAGCAUGCAGUGGUGAUGAUUGUACGUGACAAAAUGCAGCGGACAGAACCAAUCACUGACCCUCAGGAGCUGAAGGAAUUUGUGAGCAAACUAUAUGUCUAUCUGGUGGAUGAGAUGCACGUAGCUCUAGACAAGAUCUACUCCAACGAUGUUAAAGAAGACUCUACAAAUGAAAUCCCCCUCCACUCUUCUCAGCUCAGGCAUUUUGCCAGAGAGGCACAACUUACUGGGAAUUAUCAGCAAGCUGCUCAGUAUUACCUUGAGCUAGUGGUGAGGCAUCCUGAUGAGCCUUCCCACAAGUGUGAGUGGGGAAGCCUGCACAUGUUGAGCGGAGACUACAUGAAGGCAAAAGAGUGUUUCUAUGAUGCUGCAUCUAUCCAGGAAGCUCACCAACCCAGCCUGAUGAUGUGUGGGGUCUUGGCAGUGAUGUUUGAGCAUUACAAAGAAGCCGAGAUCUUCUUUAAUCGAGCCAUUAGCAUUGACCCACCCAGUGUGACAGCCUGGACGCUGCUGGGUUUGCUCCAUGAGAGCCAGAAUGAAUCCAUCCUGGCUGAGAGAGCUUUUCUGGAGGCCAAAACGCUGCUGUUGGAAGAGGAAGCAAAAAAGGCAAAGCACACAGAAGAGGAGGAGAAAGACAAAAAGGAAAAAAGAAAGGACAAGGUGCAGCAGGAGGAAGAAGAGACAGUCUUAUCACCACGGUCUCCCGCUGCUGAGCAAGACUCAGAGUUACUUAACCAGGACACAGAGGAGCACAAAGAGCCUCAGGCACAGAAUGACAGCUCUAUAUCAGGUCCAGCUAAACUCACCUCUACCAUUUACACACAGACGGUCCAGUUCCUGCUGCAGAACAAUGCCCUGCAGAUGGCAGAACACGCUUUGUCACAGGAGCUACUGUGUCCUGAAGGUGGCCGCAGUGUCUCCUACCUCCUUCAUCUGGCCCAGUUGCAGCUACUCAAAGGUGAAUACUGCAAUGCUGCAUCCAACCUGAAGGAAGCACUGUUUCUCAGAGAUCAGGAUGCGGAUGUCUGGGCUUUGAAUGGACACUGUCACUUCCUACAAGGUGCCCUCCGUGAAGCUCAGGAGAGCUAUGAGUGGAGUCUGAUCUUACCGCAGCAGCCAUCAGACUCUCACAUCAUCUUCCUCCGGCUGGGAUCUGUUUACUUUAGGCAAAAGAAGUUUGAGGAAGCCAAACUUGUCUACCUGCAGGCUUGUGAGCAGUCUCCAUCUUGCCUGACCUGGCUGGGCUUGGGCACAGCCUGUUACAGGUUGGAGGAGUUGUCUGUAGCUGAAGAAGCUUUGACUGAAGCCAACCAUUUAAACGCUGAGAAUGCAGAAGUGUGGGCUUACCUGUCUCUAAUCUGCCUCAGGACUAACCGAGAAGAGGAAUCCGAGCAGCUGCUAAAAUAUGCAAUAAGGUUCAACCUGCAGGAAGAGUCCCUCCUCAAGGAGAUUUCUGAGCUGAAGGAUCAUGUUCGCUUCAGUCAUUUGACAUCAUGCUUCAAAACCAGCACUGGAGCAGAUGAUUAAUGCUAUGUAAAGACCAUUUUACAAACACAACAAAAGAUGCUUUUGUACAAUGUUUCAAAAUUUAUUUUAUUAUAUUUUAAACAUGUCUGAGUUGAUGAACUGAAGUAGUUCAAGUGCAUAGAAUGAGUAAGACUUUAGGGACAGAGCGACACAGUAUAAAACAGCUGCAACAUAAUCUUAUUAAAAUGUACUGCAACAACAAAAGAAAAAAAAAAAAAAACGGCAUGCGGUGA